UGCAUAGUCAGUUCAGUUUGCUUGCUUUCGUGCACCGUUCAACAACGACUUGGAAAUACUCUAUACAGCUAGUCUCCUGUUAUCAACAUUUUUUUAUUUUCAUUAUUGUUACCGAUAAAACAAAGUGAUUAAAUUAUGUCGUACCAUAAGCCAGAAAGUAAAACCAUUCAGGAAUUGAAGGAUAUUGCUCAUCGUCUUCGUAUCCAUUCGAUUUCUGCAACUGAGGCUUCCAAGUCCGGACAUCCAACAUCAUGCGCAUCCAUUGCAGAAAUAAUGUCGGUUCUCUUCUUCAAUACAAUGCGUCUCAAUUUGAAGGAACCACGUGAUCCAUCCAGUGAUCGUUUUAUUCUAUCCAAGGGUCAUGCUGCCCCAAUUUUGUACGCUGCUUGGGCAGAGGCUGGCCUCUUCCCAAUUUCAGAAUUGCAAAAUCUUCGUAAGAUCGACAGUGAUCUCGAAGGACAUCCAACACCACGUUUGAAUUUCAUCGAUGUGGGUACUGGUUCAUUGGGACAGGGUGUUGCUGUUGCUGCUGGUAUGUCCUAUGUUGGCAAGAACCUUGAUAAGGCUGAUUAUAGGACUUACGUGGUUGUCGGUGAUGGUGAAUCAGCUGAAGGAUCAAUUUGGGAAUCUCUCCACUUUGCCGGACACUACAAAUUAGAUAAUCUCUGUGUUGUCUUCGAUGUUAACCGUUUGGGACAAUCAGAACCAACUUCCCUGCAACAUCAAAUGGAAGUUUAUCGCAAGCGAUUGGAUGCUUUCGGAUUCAAUGCAUUGGUUGUUGAUGGACACGAUGUCGAGGAAUUGUGCAAGGCAUUCGCUGAGGCUGCAAGCACCAAGAACAAACCAACUGCCAUCAUUGCCAAGACUUUCAAGGGUAAAUUCUUCCCCAACAUUGAGGAUUUGGAUAACUGGCAUGGAAAGCCAUUGGGAGCUAAGGCCGCUGAGACCAUCAAGCACUUGCAAGGAUUGAUUGUUACUGAACAACGCACCUUACGCCCUCAAUCACCAGUCAAGGCUAAGCCCGCCCCACAAGUGAAUAUCAAAAAUGUUCAACUCUCAUCACCACCCGCUUACAAACUUGGUGAACAAGUAGCAACUCGUUUAGCCUACGGCACAGCCUUAGCCAAGAUCGGAGCUAACAAUGACCGUGUUGUUGCUCUCGAUGGAGACACCAAGAACUCAACCUUCUCUGACAAACUGAAGAAUGCAUUCCCAGAGCGAUACAUUGAGUGCUUUAUUGCCGAACAGAAUUUGGUUGGAGUUGCCAUUGGUGCAGCUUGCCGUGACCGCACAAUUGCAUUUGCAUCGACUUUUGCUACAUUCUUCACCCGAGCCUUCGAUCAAAUCCGUAUGGGAGCUAUCUCCCAGACAAAUGUCAACUUUGUCGGUUCCCAUUGCGGUGUGAGUAUUGGUGAAGACGGACCCAGUCAAAUGGGUUUGGAAGACAUCGCCAUGUUCCGUACAGUUCCUGGUAGCACAAUCUUCUACCCAUCAGAUGCUGUGAGUUGUGAAAGAGCUGUUGAAUUGGCAGCAAACACAAAAGGAAUUUGCUUCAUUCGCACAUCUCGUCCCAACACUGCCAUCAUCUAUCCCAACGAAGAACCAUUUGUCAUUGGCAAGGGUAAAAUUGUCAAGAAAUCAGGUCAAGAUCAUGUCUUGCUGAUUGGCGCUGGUAUUACUUUGUACGAAUGCUUGAAGGCUGCUGCUCUAUUGGAAAAGAGCGGAGUUCACGCUCGUGUCUUGGAUCCAUUCACCAUCAAGCCAAUUGAUGCUGCUUUGAUUCUCGAGAAUGGACGUGCCUGUGGCGGACGUAUUGUUGUUGUUGAAGAUCAUUACCGAGAGGGUGGUCUUGGUGAAGCUGUGAGUGGUGUGGUUGCUGAACAUCGUGACUUUGUGGUCAAACAUUUGUACGUUCCAGCCGUACCAAGGUCGGGUCCAUCUGAUGUUCUCAUCGAUAUGUUUGGUAUCUCAGCUAAUAAAAUUGUCACUGCCGUUACUGAAGUUUUGAAGCUAUAAUAAUAUUAAGAUAAAUUAAUAGCACAACAACCCCAGUUAAAAUGAUUUAUAUCUAUUUUUGUUGAAAGUUUUAUUUCAAUUUAAAGUUUUUUGUUUGCGGUACUUAGUUGUUCUUGUCACGCUAUUAUCUUCCCAAUUUUUCUAAAAUAAAAUAAACAACCCAUUCCAGUUAAGAAGAGAAA